AUUGUUGUGACCCGGGAGCGGGCCGCGGCGCCGCCAUGGCGGUGCGACAGGCUCUGGGCCGCGGCCUGCAGCUAGGUCGAGCGCUGUUGCUGCGCUUCACGGCCAAGCCAGGCCCGGCCUAUGGCUGGGGGAGAGCCGAACGGCCCGGCCCGGCGGCGGGCUGGGGCCGGGGCGAGCGCCGGGGCCCGACCGCUGGAACGGCCGCGGAUUCGCGCCGGCUCGGGCUCGGGCUCCCCGACCGCUACCGUUUCUUCCGCCAGUCGGUGGCCGGGCUAGCGGCGCGGCUCCAGCGGCAGCUCGUGCUGCGGGCCCGGGGCGGCGCGGGCCCUUGCGGCCGGGCCGUCUUCCUGGCCUUCGGGCUGGGGCUGGGCCUCAUCGAGGAGAAGCAGGCGGAGGGCCGGAGGGCGGCCUCCGCCUGUCAGGAGAUCCAGGCAAUUUUUACCCAGAAAAACAAGCAGUUGCCUGACCCCCUGGACAGUAGACGCUGGCAGGGCUUCCGGCUGGAGGAGUAUCUUAUAGGGCAGUCCAUUGGCAAGGGCUGCAGUGCUGCCGUGUACGAAGCUGCCAUGCCCUCAGUGCCCCAGAACCUGGAGGUGGCAAAGAGCAUUGGCCUCCUUCCGGGGAGAGGCCCAGAUAGCGUUCCACAAGGAGAAAACGAGGAGAGAGCUCCACAGGCCCCUGCCUUUCCCUUCGCCAUCAAGAUGAUGUGGAACAUCUCGGCAGGUUCUUCCAGCGAAGCCAUCUUUAGUACAAUGAGCCAGGAGCUAGUUCCAGCCAGUCAAGUGGCCUUAGCCGGGGAGUAUGGAGCAGUUACUUACAGAAAAUCCAAGUGCAGUCUCAAGCAACUAGUCCCUCACCCCAACAUCAUCCGGGUUUUCCGUGCCUUCACCUCGUCUGUGCCACUGCUACCAGGGGCCCUGGUUGACUACCCUGAUGUGCUGCCACCAUGUCUCCACCCUGCCGGCCUGGGCCACGGACGGACACUCUUUCUCGUUAUGAAGAACUAUCCCUGUACCCUGCGCCAGUACCUUCACGUGAAGACCCCAAGCCCCCGCCUGGCUACCAUGAUGACCUUGCAGUUAUUGGAAGGGGUGGAUCAUCUGGUUCAGCAGGGCAUCGCACACAGGGACUUAAAAUCUGACAACAUUCUCGUGGAGCUGGAUGCAGGCGGCUGCCCCUGGUUGGUGAUCACAGACUUCGGCUGCUGCCUGGCUGAUGAGAGCAUCGGCCUACAGCUGCCCUUCACCAGCUGGUAUGUAGAUCGGGGUGGAAACGGCUGCCUGAUGGCUCCUGAGGUGGCCACAGCCUGUCCUGGGCCCAGGGCAGUGAUUGACUACAGCAAAGCAGAUGCCUGGGCAGUAGGAGCAAUCGCGUAUGAAAUCUUCGGGCUCUCCAAUCCCUUUUACGGCCAGGGCAUGACCCACCUUGAAAGCCGCAGUUACCAAGAGGCCCAGCUGCCUGCACUGCCUGAGUCAGUGCCUCUGGACACGAGACAGCUGGUGAGGUCACUGCUCCAGCGAGAGGCCAGCAAGAGACCAUCUGCCCGAGUAGCUGCAAAUGUACUUCAUUUAAGCCUUUGGGGUGAACAUAUUUUGUCCCUGAAGAAUCUGAAAUUAGACAAGAUGAUUGGCUGGCUCCUCCAACAAUCGGCUGCCACUUUGUUGGCUGAUAGACUUACAGAGAAGAGCUGUGUAGAAACAAAAAUGAAGAUGUUAUUUCUGGCUAACCUGGAGUGUGAAACCCUUUGCCAGGCAGCUCUCCUCCUCUACUCCUGGAGGGCAGCCCCACUCUGCAUGUAGGUGGUGAAUUACUACAAGAACUUAAAAGCAUCUGUGUCGUGAUAGUCUCUGCAUGCCAGGGGAGGGGACUCUGAGGUGUAAGAGGGCAGGAGGCAGAAGAAAAGACAGCACAGAGAGGGCUGGUCAGCUAAAGAGAGGGCCUCUGGUUUGGCAAGUGUGGAAGGAACAACUGGAGUCAAAAGUUCAUGGUCUACUAACUCAAGCCGUGUGAUUUUCAAUGAACUGUAUAACCUGUGUGGACUAAAGUUCCCUUACCUGUAAAAUGAAGAAAUUGUUCUAAAUCAGGAGUUGGCAAACUUUCUCUGUAGGCCAGGUGGUAAAUUCUUCAGGCUGUCACAACUACUCAGUUCUUAUUAUCACAUAAAAGCAUCCUUCAAUGUGUAAAUGAACUAAUGGAGCUAUGUUCCAAUAAAACUUUAUUUUUUUUUCCUCCAUUUGAAAACAUAAAAACCAUUUUUAGCUUGCAGGCCAUACAAAAACAGGUACAGACUGGAUUGGCCCAUAGGCCACAGUUUGCCAACCAUUGGUCUAGAAGAAUUCAAAGGAUCUAAUUCUGGGAGGAAAAAAUGCCAACUGAUCAUUAGAUCCCUUUGUGUACAAUGUUAAAAAAAUAAUAAAAAGUAAUGAUUAUCCUGGUGGACAAA